UACACACGCAAACUACUAACAAGUUGGACGGCAUCCUCUCUCCCGGAGUCCGCCAUGCCGAGCCACCUCCACACUUCUCUCCGAGCAAACGCACCUUCCUUCUACUCGAACUCCUCGUCGUCGUCGCCGUCGCAGUCCUUCGCUGCGAAGCUUCUCCUCCUGCUGACCCUCCUCCCUCUCUCCCUCGCUCUCCUGGCCUUCGCCCUCCAAUGGCGCGGCGGCCUCACCGACCCCACCACCCGCUGGGCCCCUCCCGGAUCCAGCCACCUCUUCCCCGGCAUGGACAACGCCUCCCCUCUCUCCUCCAUCUCCCGCCACUCUUCUCCUUCUUCCUCGUCUUCAUCUGAUUGUGCCCAUCUCGCUCGCAGUGCCUCUCCUUCCUUCCCGUACUACCGGGAUUGGAAGUUCGAUUUCGGAUCCAGUCUAAAGCCAAAGAUAUGCGUAACAACAAGUACCUCAGCUGGUUUGGAUCAGAUUCUGCCAUGGAUGUUUUACCAUAAGGUUAUUGGAGUCACAACCUUCUUUUUAUUUGUUGAAGGGAAGGCUGCAUCUCCUAGCAUAUCAAAAGUUCUUGAAUCUAUUCCAGGUGUAAAAGUGAUAUACAGAACAAGAGAGCUAGAAGAGCAGCAAGCUAAAAGUCGAAUCUGGAAUGAGACUUGGCUAUCGGGUUUCUUUUACAAACCAUGCAAUUAUGAGCUAUUUGUGAAGCAAUCUCUCAAUAUGGAGAUGGCCAUCGUCAUGGCAAGGGAUGCUGGAAUGGAUUGGAUAAUUCAUCUUGAUACAGACGAGCUGAUGCACCCUGCUGGUGCACAAGAAUAUUCUCUGAGGCAAUUACUGAUGGAUGUUCCUGGUAAUGUGGACAUGGUUGUAUUUCCGAACUAUGAGAGCAGUGUAGAGCGUGACAACAUCAAAGAUCCUUUCAGUGAGGUCUUGAUGUUCAAGAAAAAUUAUGACCAUCUUCCAAAAGAUACUUACUUUGGAAUGUACAAAGAAUCGACUCGUGGUAAUCCGAACUACUUCUUGACUUAUGGAAAUGGGAAAUCAGCUGCCCGAAUUCAGGAUCAUCUUCGACCUAAUGGAGCACACAGAUGGCACAAUUACAUGAAAACCCCCAAUGAGGUCAAGCUGGAAGAGGCUGCUGUUCUACAUUACACGUACGCCAAGUUCUCAGAUUUGACUUCUAGGCGUGAUAGGUGUGGCUGCAAGCCCACAAAGGAAGAUGUUAAAAGAUGCUUCAUGUUAGAAUUUGACAGAUCAGCAUUCAUAAUCGCUUCAACCGCUACUGAGGAUGAAAUGCUAAACUGGUAUCGGGAACAUGUUGUCUGGGGUGACAAAGAUGUAAAAAUGAAACUCCUAAGAAAAGGCAUCCUAACUCGCAUAUAUGCUCCAAUGGCUAUUAUACAAGGCCUGAGGGAAUCCGGUGUCUUCAGCUCUGUCAUCGCAUCCACCCCAUCAAUUCUAUCAAGAGACAAGUUCUUAUCUCUGAUUGGUGGUGGUAAUUCAUCUAGAGCAGUUGCCUCGGAAUCCCUCCCAUCAAGAAAGGCUGGAAGAGGCGUGGAACACCACUCAACUGCAAGGAAGAUCUUGGAUGUUGAAGCCAGUGCUGCUGCUUCUCAUGCACCAGCCAUCCCACCGCUGUCGGCCCCAGGAAUAAGAGGAUACAUCUCGGAUGAAGUAUAUUAGUAUAUACCCUGGUCCAUCAUGAUUGCUGCCAUUGCUGUCGCCACAGCUUCUCGUCCUUGUGAUGCAAGCUUUUGGUUGGAAGGAAGAAUCAGGAGACAAAAUUUGCUAGUUUUUGGUUCAGGCGGGUGUGACAUGAUCUACACUUGCGUCCUAUCUCACUUGGUUCUUUCCAAUCAUUAUCAGAGCGGCCUUGUGAGUCGCGCAUUGUUUUGAACUGAGAUUCAGUGAUCUCAAUGGAAUCUGAAGUGGUGUUGUACUUAUAUUCAUUGCAUGUAAAAGAAGAUGCUCAGAUUGUUUCCCUUGUAA